ACCACCACCACACACACACAGGCACUCCUGCAGACAACAGCAUCCCGGCGUCAACAAACUCUCUCCGGGUAAACUGCGGCAGACGUUCCCCCAUCAAAGCCCCGUCAGUGGAACGCGGAGACGCACCAAGUGAUGCUGCAGCCAACGCAGCCGUCGCCCCUGCGAAGACAGAGCUCUAUCCCGGGACGGAGACACACACUCGCCUUGUAGUCAGCAACUGCCCAUGAAGAUGUCCAACACCGACAUAGGGCUCAACCCGACCGACCGGGUGAUCAAAUAUUAUUCCGCCGUUCCAUUCCCCCUCAGCCACAGGUUGACCAUGCGCGAGGUGUUUGACGGGGACGGCCGGCCGCGCGUGGACCUCCUGAAGGCCCACCUGACCAAAGAGGGCCGUCUGGAGGAGGCCGUGGCCAUGCGCAUCAUCAGUGAGGGUGCCGCCAUCCUGCGCCAGGAGAAAACCAUCCUGGACAUCGAGGCGCCCGUCACAGUUUGUGGAGACAUUCACGGCCAGUUCUUUGACCUGAUGAAGUUGUUUGAGGUGGGCGGUUCACCAGCCACCACGCGGUAUCUCUUCCUGGGCGACUAUGUGGACCGAGGCUACUUCAGUAUCGAGUGUGUGCUGUAUCUGUGGUCGUUGAAGAUCUUGUACCCAAAGACCAUCUUUCUUCUGCGAGGGAACCAUGAAUGUAGGCACCUGACGGAAUACUUCACUUUCAAGCAAGAAUGUAAGAUUAAAUACUCGGAGCAGGUCUAUGACUCGUGUAUGGAUGCGUUUGACUGCCUCCCUCUGGCGGCCCUGAUGAACCAGCAGUUUUUGUGCGUGCAUGGAGGUCUUUCCCCAGAGAUACACACACUCGACGACAUCAAGAAGCUGGACAGGUUUAAGGAGCCCCCUGCAUUUGGACCCAUGUGUGACUUGCUUUGGUCGGACCCUCUAGAGGACUUUGGCAAUGAGAAGACUCAGGAGUACUUCAGUCACAACUCUGUCCGUGGAUGCUCCUACUUCUACAGCUACCCUGCCGUGUGUGAGUUCCUACAGACCAACAACCUCCUGUCAAUCAUCCGAGCACAUGAAGCACAGGAUGCUGGUUACCGCAUGUACCGUAAGAGCCAGACCACUGGCUUCCCAUCUCUCAUCACAAUCUUCUCUGCACCAAAUUACCUGGAUGUUUACAACAACAAAGCGGCUGUACUGAAGUAUGAGAACAAUGUGAUGAACAUCAGACAGUUUAACUGCUCUCCUCAUCCCUACUGGCUGCCCAACUUCAUGGACGUGUUUACUUGGUCGCUGCCAUUCGUGGGAGAGAAAGUGACGGAGAUGUUGGUGAAUGUGCUGAGCAUCUGCUCUGAUGAUGAGCUCAUGAACGAUGGAGAAGAGAUCUUCGAUGCCACCACAGCUGCAGCUCGUAAGGAGGUGAUCAGGAAUAAAAUCCGCGCCAUUGGGAAGAUGGCCAAGAUGUUCUCAGUUUUACGGGAGGAGAGUGAGAAUGUGUUGACACUGAAAGGGUUAACUCCCACAGGCAUGUUACCCAGUGGUGUGCUAUCUGGAGGCAAGCAGACCCUACAGAGUGCUACCAUUGAGGCCAUAGAAGCCAUCGAGACGGAGGCUGAGGACGGAGAAGCGAUCCGAGGCUUUUCUCCUCAGCAUAAGAUUAGGAGUUUUGAAGAGGCCAAGGGUCUGGACCGUAUAAACGAGCGCAUGCCGCCGCGCCGAGAAGUGCUGGCCUCCUGCUUAGGCCAGUCCGAGGCCAACGGCACCGACGACAACAGCAAUAUCCAGUGAUCCCUCUCCACGUGUCCGCUCCGCCCUGACGCACUUGUCCUCCCCUGACACACCUGUGCGCCUCUGACACACCUGUCCAUUUCUCCUCUCCUCUCUUCUCCUCCCAUCUCCUCUCAUCUCUCCUUUCCUCUCCUCUCUUCUCUUCUCCUCUCCUAUCUUC